AAUUACUUCAUUAUUUUGGAACGUUCUUUCCCAACGUUUUGCGGCAAUAGAAGCCAAGUUGCCUUUCGGGGACGAGACGACCUUUAGACGAACAAUCCCAUUAUUGACAUCACAUCCGAGAAGAGGCUCUUUAAGAGGCGGCUCACCGGCUCCUUGACUUUCUUGAGGCCGACAGAGAGCCACUGCUCCCCGGAUAACGAAUCAGCAACUAACGGAAGUUAUUUUUCAACCACCUUGUGGAUAUUUCCUUUCAUUCAACUUCUUUUUGGGAAUUCUCUAGACUUCGGUUUCUACCUUACAUGCCAAAACUGGGGGAACAAAUAGGACCUUUUACUUCCACGCGAAGCUUCGCGGUUCACGCCACGGUUAUCGGUUAUCGGAUGGACCAGCAUCCUAGCGCCCGGAGCUGCACCAGCCGCGGGGCUUCGUCCUGCGAGGCCGUCCCAGCCGAGCCCUCCAUGAACCUGCACAUCCACUCCACUACCGGCACUCGCUUCGAGCUCUCGCUGCCCCAGGAGGAGACCGUGGACGGGCUGAAGAGGAGGCUCUCGCAGCGACUUAAAGUACCCAAAGAGAGGCUCGCGUUGCUGCAUAAAGAAACACUAAGUUCAGGCAAACUCCAGGAUCUUGGCGUGUCCGAUGGGAGCAAGUUAACACUCGUACCGACCGUCGAAGCAGGAUUAAUGUCUCAAGCGUCAAGACCCGAGCAGUCAGUAAUGCAAGCCUUGGAGAGCUUAACCGAAACUCAGGUCAGCGACUUCCUGUCCGGACGCUCUCCCCUCACUCUGGCACUCCGUGUGGGGGAUCACAUGAUGUUCGUCCAGCUACAGCUGGCAGCACAGCAGUCGGGUGGUCCACAGCUCCAGCACAGGCACCUGAUCACCCGAAGCAAUUCAGAUGCCACGAUGGGACAGCCGACAGGGCAGCCUUGUGGACCUCAACCGCAUUCCCACCUCCACCCUAAUAAUCUACACAAUCCCCAUUUGCCUCAGCCGGGCCCCUCCACAUCCUCUUCCACUAGCACCUCAAUCUUCCCUCUCCCAUCCACACACCACCAGUCUCUGCCCCCGAUGUACCAUCAGUCCCCCUCAUCAGUUCCUCACUGCAGCCCAGCCACCCCUCCACCUCCUGCUCGUUCUCCUCGCACGUCGCAUGUCCCUGGGAGCCUGUUCCGUUCUACUCCCCAUCCCUUGCGGGACCACCACCACUACCAUCAGCCUUCCUCAGGCCAGGCUAGCCACAACAUUGCCCAGGCCAGCCCUGUAGCCCCUGUUUUGUGCCCUGAGGCCAGCUGCAGCACCAACAGCCACAGUAGUGGCAGCAGUUCAUCAGCACGCUCCCGUAAGCCUGGUGCCAUCAUUGAGAGCUUUGUUAACCACGCCCCUGGAGUUUUUUCAGGGACAUUUUCAGGCACUUUACACCCUAACUGCCAGGACAGCAACGGGCGUCCGAGACGAGAUAUUGGUACUAUUCUUCAGAUUCUCAACGAUCUCCUGAGCGCCACACGCCACUACCAGGGCAUGCCACCAUCCCUUACGCAGCUUCGCUACCAAACCCAAUGCAGCACACCCAGCUCACCAUCCCCGUCACCGCCUCCAUCACCACCAGUGGUCGGCACAACUGGACUCUCUGCCAAAGCUACCUCUGUGCCCGCUGGUAACUCCAGCAGCCCUCCACCGACCCUUCAUCCACUGGUGCAGUGCCAGAGUCAGAUCCGCAUGUGCAAGCCCCCUGGCGACAGAGUCCGGCAGACGGAGAACCGCGCAACCCGCUGCAAGGUGGAGCGCCUGCAGCUGCUAAUGCAGCAGAAGCGACUGCGCCGGAAGGCCCGUCGGGACCAGCGCGGCCCCUACCACUGGCUGCCCAACCGCAAGGCGGGCCGCAGCAACAGUAACAGCAGCGUGUCCAGCGACGGCUCCCUGGACCUGGACUUUGACGACUCCGUGUGGAAGCCUGAAGUCAAGGCUGACUUAAAGUCUGAGUUCGUCAUGGCCUGAGAGGCGUUGAGAGUUUAGCCCCCUCCAUGGAGACUUCAAUCCCAACAUCCUUUGCAGCACCAGGACCUUCUCUGAUGCAUGGAUUUGGACUCUUCACGUACGAUCUCACAAGGAAGACGAAACAUUGAAUUUGAGCAUAGCAGAAUUCCGUGGGUGGUGGUGGUAUUUUUGGGGGGGCUGUUUUGUGUGUGCGAGAGAGAAAUAAGGCGCACUCUGGACAGUGACUUUGAGCUCCAAGUGGACUUCCCAACUGGACACAAGCACCAGAUGCCUCAGUGUAA